AUGGUGCCAUUACCUUUGCCGGCGCAGUUCAUACCGGGUCGAACGGGAGCUGGCUUACUCAUACUGAACGGGUUUACGUUUUACAUGAAGAAUCAUCAGGCUCAUGGCAAGAAGCAAUGGUACUGCUCUUCGAGGGAUGUCCAUGGGUGUCGGGCAGAUGUAAUUACGUACAAAGGCAUUUACUACUUGCCGUCGCACAGGACUGGCAGCAUGGUCCUAAUAUACAAAGACAAUAAGUACUGGAUCAACAACCGGUACCAAAACACCAUCAAUUGGACUUGCAGGGACCGCAAGCGACUGGGAUGCAACAGCUGCGUACAGACCACGGUCGAGGGUCGCUACAUAAAACAUAAAGGUUUCCAUAACCAUGAAGACAAUUACACAAAGUAUAAUUUCAACGACUGAUAUACGAAUUUCUAUUCAGGAAUGCCGGUUAUUACGUCUGUUGAAAGCUAUAGUGCUCAACAAGAUUGAUUUCGUGGAUGAAAUAAAAAGUAUGUUUGUAGUUACUUAGUAUUUUGCCAAAUCUUGUAUAACAUGGUUGUAGACUUAUUGUUCACUUAAUUUAUUUAAAGCCUUCUUUAGGUGACUCCUUACAGAUCUGUAGAUAAUAGUUGUAAUCAGGAAAUCGAUUACAUCUUUCAAUGGGUGUAAUUUAUAGUUCCUGUAAAAUAUCUAUAUUAAUUUUACUACGGUUUUAUAAGAACUAUUUUGCACAAAUGGUUUGUAUCAAGAAGAAGAGAAAUCAAAACUUAAUUGGUUGCCAGUAGACAAUGGAUUAUAGUGGAGGUAAGAAAAUGAUAUCUACUUUCGAGUACCUAUUUAUAAUGUUAUUUUUAAGAUGUAUUAUUACUAAGUAUAUAUAGCUUCAUGAAUUUAUUUAAUUUUAUUACUUGAAGUUACUUUGGGCAAGCUUUUGACUUAUCUCUAUCAAAAGGAUAUUAUAAUAUGUCCGUUAUAUUAUUAGGCAACAUAUAAAUGCUGGAUUGGUAUAGGUAGGCAUAGGCAAUUAAAUAGGUGCGUCUGACGAUGCGAUUGCGAGCUCGUACAGGUAUUGUUCUACGCGCUCGUGUACCUACUGUGUACGGAUGUAGCACUUACACUAAUGCAGAUGGCGAACGCUGGUGUGCUCCUCCCCCCGUACGUUGUGCCCCACUGUAUGUCGCCUAAAAAAUACUUUUGCGACGCGUCUUGCGGUUAAGUUCAGGUAUGACUAUUUGUUUGGCGCGGACUAAUACAUAGUUUUUAUUGGGGUUUGUACGUGUAAUAAGUAUUCUUAGGUCGACUUGCACCAACCUUUUAAAUGUGUUUAAGUUAGAUUUUCUAUCCUUGUCCUUUUCUUGUGAGCCCUGGAAUAAACUUGUCAAAAAGUGACACCAUUAUUUUUAAGAUUUAGCUAAACCAGUUUAAACAGUUUGGUGCUAGUGGACCUUUGUUAUUUUUUUUAUAUGUACUUAUAUAAAUAAUUCUUUGACGAUUGUAAAGCCAAAACAUGACUGACCAUGAAAAUAACUUACACCAACUUUGUUACGAACUAAAUUUACAAACGAAAAAAACUGUAUUUUCAACUUUCGUCGAGAGCGUUGUGAAAAGGAUGGAGCUUUUAAGUUUCAUUGAUUUAGUUGUAUAGAUUUUACUUAGUUGAUAAUAAAUAAUUACUUAAAAAUAGAUCUUGUGCCUCGAUGCUAUAGGAAAACUUUCAAUGGUGAUUGCGUUCAGCUAUGUACAUAUUAGUUGUAGUAUUAAUAAUCAAAAGACAUGAGUAUAUUAAUAUGAAUAUGAAAUUCACUUCUGAUGUAAAUUCUAAAAAUACAGACAUUGGAAAGCUUAGUUUAGAAAAUAAGGUAAACUUAAUUGAUGUAAUCAAUUGCCAUCUCAUAUCCAUAUUCCAUUAGUUUAUAAGUUAGGUUCCUAUUUUUUUUUUUUUUUGGGCACGAACUAUGAUAGCACAUUACAGCCAAGUCGAACUUUGCGCCUAGUUGCACAAUUUUCAAAAAAUAUGCGCUAAUCAGUAAAGAUAUAUGGUACUAUGGUACUAUGGUAACUAGGUACUUUAGAAUAUUUCGUUCGCUGGGCUUGGCAUUGUGACAUAACAUUUAUUGGAAAAUUAUCAAACAAAGGUAAGUACUAAGUAUCAAUGAAUGAAUGAUACUUUUAUUGUACACCACAAAAUAAAUACAGAAAAAACACAUGUAAAGCAAAACAAAAUAUAGAAUGGUAGGUAAAAUUUGGCGGCCUUAUCGCUACCUAGCGAUACCUACCUAGUAUGUAUAUUCUUUAGAUUUACUGACUUUACUGAUUUUUGUCUUAUAUAAACAUUCGUAUACUCAAUGCGAACGUUGUAAUUCCAUUUUUUUACUGUAAUAGUUACUAUAAUGUAUAAAUAGAGCCCAGUUGCAAAUCAAGUGUUCAAAGUUACUUUACGGCUACCGUUAAAAGUUGACCACCAAAAAAAGAGCAAAGUGAGUUGCACAAGUUAGGAUUAACUCCACGGUUAAAGUUAUUAAGGUCCAAAAUUAAGUUUGGACCAAUAGGUCCAAAGUUAACACUCUGAUUUGUGCAACACAUUUUGGCUUAUUCUGUUUAUCCACUCUAAAAUAGCCACCCUAGGGUUUAUACUCAGACACGACUGUUCGUCUAACCGUACCAGACUAAAAAAUUACGAUACAAAUUCCCUGUCCUUGGUGGUUGUUGUGAGCUCUUCUCAGAUCUGGGCGCAUUUAGAACCUUUUAAAAAUAAAAUAAAAAUGAUUUAUCACCAUUAAUUACAUCAUUACCCUACAAAUCCAACAAUUAACAAUCAAAAAGUGUACAGUCGUACCGAAUUUGAAUAAAUAAUUUGACUUGGAUAGACGGUUACACUUUUCCGGAGUAGAUAUACACACUAGUGUGGUUUGUUCAGGGUGGAUAAACGGAAUAAGCCCCCAUUUUGCUUUUAUUGACACUCUAUGGUGACCAUAAUAUCGAACUUUAACAGCCUGAUAUGCAACUGGGCCUAAGUACUUUAUUUUUGAUAGCUGUCAAUUGCUGCCAUAUUUUGUGAAUAACUAGUUGUAUAUAUAAAUCAUGGUACUUGUAGUCAAUGUAAAAAUUAUGUAGGUACAUUCUACAUGUCAGUAUUCCUUUAGAGGUCACAAAGUGGCAGUAGUAAUUAUGCACUUAAAAGUAGGCAAAGUGUUUUAAUUAAAAAAGUAGUUAAGCUAGGGCAAUGAAACUGUUAAAACUUAACUAUGUACUUAUUUUUUAUGCUCACUUAAUUUUUAAAUAUGUACGUUUCAAUUUUAAAAUUUACAAUUACCUACUUCUGUAAUAAGGGAAAUUGUGUAAGGUAGUUCAUCUUACACAAUUUCCCUUAUUAACUUUCUUAGCCGCCAAUAAGUUUGAAUCCUAUCCUACAUCUUUUUAAAAUUGUAUAAGUAUGGCCGGUUACAUUACGCCAGGGGUAGCCAACUAUUAUAGAGUUGCGAUCUUCUUUAAAAUUUCCUGGCUUAUGGAUCGUUUUAAUGGUACUGUGAUUUAAUUUCUUCAACCAAUUUAACAACAGGAGCGUCAUUAAAUAAUCAUUAAAGCCUUCUGUGUUUUGUUCUGUUAAAGUAGGUUUACCAAUUUUUUACUUUUUAUCAUUUUAAAGAAAAAUGCUGACUGAUUCACACAAACCAGCGUUCGUCUUGUUGGCCACCCCUGCGUUAGGCCAAUUCGAAACUCAAGAAAAGUCAGCUAUAAUUACUAGUAUUGCAUAUCGUGAAAAACAAUGAUGUGACGUCAAUAUGACACUACGAACUGUAUUAGUUAUUUAAUACCUACUUUAUUAUUCAAUAUACCUAGUCAUUAUGGCUAUUUAUAUAUUUUUCUUGUGCCAAAUUAUACUAAGGGUUUUUUAUUACUUAAGUUACUUAAAUACAAUACAAAGUGAGAAAUACAGACGAUGUAACUU